AUGGCUGAUUCAGCAAGCAAAAGCAGGCCCAGAUCUGUGGCGAUCGGCCGUGACCAGUCAAGAACCUUACCAAAGACGCUCGCGGCACCGCACGGCGGAUGGCUACCACAAAUAUACGGUUUUGGGUUGCUUGCUCCUGCGAGUCCGACCGAGUUGGAUCGUAAAGCCCGCAUCUCUAGUGCGUCUAGACCGAACUCAAAAAUCACGGCUAUCGAUUCGCACGGCACUAAAACUUGA